UAGUUUGAUGGUCACGUCUGCAGUUUAAGAAUGGCGGCUGCAACUGACAACUUUGAGAUUGAACAAAAAUUCAAUAAUUUACGAGUGGAUUACGGGACAGAUGAACAAUUAAGAAAUCCAACUGACUGCUUCGACUAUGGUCUACCUUUGAAAGAAGUUUACAAAUUAGCUGUUAGUUUUUAUAAAGAGAAAGAAGGGAAGGCUGUCCAAUUUAGUUAUGAGGAUAAGUUACAAUUGGUUGCAUUCUCACAACAAGUGGCUCAUGGUCCUCUAGCUGAAGCAGCUAAUAAAAUACAACCUUUAGGGGCUCUCGAUGUGGUUGGCAGAGAUAGGAGGAUUGCUUGGCAAAAACUAGGCAAUCUAUCAGAUGAUCAAGCACGAGCUGGUUUUGUUGAAUUGCUGAGUCGCAAAUGUUAUUUAUUUUCAGCAUAUAUAGAGGCACAUAGAAGAGAGAAGAAAGAACAGGAGAGGAUUGAAAAAGAGGAGGACCUUAAAAAGCAAGCACAGGAAGAAGAGAAAAGAAAAAAGGAUGAGGAACUAAAGAUUAAAGAGGAACAGCUAGAAAGAGAAGAACUCAUUAAAAGGCAAAUUCAACAAGCAUUAAAUGAACAAACUUAUGAGCAAUUCAGGAAAUAUGCUGAGCAUCAAUUUCCUGGUGAACCAGAAAAGCAAGGAGCUUUGGUCAAACAGUUACAAGAGCAACACUAUAUACAAUAUAUGCAACAAUUACAAGCUGCACAAAGAGGAGGAGAUGUCCUCAAGGAACAAUCAAAAGAAAUUAAUAAUGACAGUAUUGAAGAGAAGAUUGAAAAGGAAGAAAAUUCAGAGGAAUCACAAGAAAUAGUUUCUGCUAAUAUGUGGACCCGAUCAGACAUUGAUGUUUUUAAGCAAUCAGUUUCUCAAGCUGAAGGUGAUGGAGUUGUUAGGGUUGGUCAUGGAGAGACUGUAACUGUCAGAGUUCCUACACAUCAUGGAGGUUCCAGAUUAUUUUGGGAGUUUGCCACAGAUCAUUAUGACAUUGGAUUUGGUGUAUAUUUUGAGUAUGGAACUCCAAUUACUGAUCAAGUAUCAGUACAUGUAUCUGAAAGUGAUGAAGAUGAAGAACUAGAUGAAGAUGAAAUGUUUGGUGAAGAAACUAUUAAUAUAGCCGAUUUGGAAGCUGGAUCAAUAACAGUUAACGGUAUACUUAAGCCGUUGUUAACAGAAAUUGUCCCCGUCUUUCGACGGGAUUGUCAAAGCGAAGUAUAUGCAGGUUCUCAUAAAUAUCCUGCUGAAGGAGUUUACUUGCUUAAAUUUGACAAUUCGUAUUCUCUUUGGAGAUCCAAGACUUUAUAUUAUCGUGUUUAUUAUACCCAAUAAUAUUAUCCAUGCUUGAUUUUACUACUGGUUACUACUUUUUUCUUUUAAUUUUAAGAGAUUAACACGCUACUGAAUUGCCAAGCCACCACCUCUAGUCUAAAACAAUCCAUUCGAUUAAACACUAUAAUUUAAAAGUAUUAUUUUUUCGAAAGGAAAAAAAGAAAACUGUGGUAAUAUUGCAGACAAAUUAGUGCAAUAUAAUUCU